CCGAUAUAUAGCUGCCAUCGCCAUCCGGUCUCCCAAUCUGAUACGGUCUCGAUGCCUCCACGCCCCACGCAGGGGAAAUUCCGCCAUCUUAAUUAACUGUUCCCGGGAUACACUCCCGAGACGAGGGAGAGGGAGGAGACGGGAGCGUGUGUGAGGAAGGGGAGCAGUGUUGAGAGCGCACGCGGAGAGGUGAGGCACGCGAUGGGUCGUGCCUUCGCACUCGCGCUGGUCGUACUAACUGCCGUGAUUCUGACGCUGCUACUACUGACAGCACCGCCUGCCAUCACCAAGCUGCUACCGGCCUGCAGGAUGCCCGAUCGCUUACAGCAGCUGACGAUAGAGGACGCUGCCGGCGCUAUUGCUAAGCAGACGGAUGAGAGGCGCACGGCUAUAGUUUUCAUUGCCUACCACCGAGGCGGCAGCACGUUCACCGGCGACAUGCUCAACGUUCAUCCGGACGUCUUCUACCUGUACGAGCCGCUGCGGCAGAUAUGGCAGGCGAACAAACACCUUCCCGGCGUCGACGACGACGUACUGGAGACGCUAGCCUUGCAGGCGCUGCCGAGGUUCCUGCUCUGCCAAUUCUCGGACCUGCCAAUCGACUGGUUCGUCGACGGUGUCGCCGAGAAGAAGGGCAUAUUCGCGCGAAAUAGCGCCCUCGUGCGAGGGCUCGGCUGCGAGAAGACGAAGACGUCGGUGGAGCAGUGGCAGUCGUGUCCGCUGGGGAAGCUCACUGUCGGCAGCCUGGAGCGAGAGUGUCUCUCGAGGGUCGUCGCCACGAAGCUGAUCCGACCGACGAUAGGGGGUGCGAUCUUGCCGCUGCUCGACGACAGUCGUCUGCACGUCAAAGUCGUACAUCUGGUGCGCGAUCCUCGCGGGCUGCUCGCAUCCGUGCACAAACUCCCCAGCACGCAUCCCGACCACGUUCCCGCCAGGAUGAUUCGUGCCGAAGCCAAGCGCAUCUGCGCGCGCAUGCGCGCGAACAUGUUCAGCGCCGAGGGCAUCCGAAGUAGCGACUAUCUGCUGCUGCGCUACGAGGAUGCGGCGAUUCACACGGCUAGCUCCAUGGAAGAGCUGCACAGCUUCGCCGGUCUGGCCAGCAGUCGGCAGCUGCUGGAAAGUUUCGUGGCGGCGCACACGGGACCUGCCAUCGGUUCUAACUACCACUGGGAGGCGGUCCGCGAGAACUCUACGGCCACGGCGCUCUCGUGGACCAUGACCCUGGGAAGACGCUCCGUUAUUCAGAUAGAAAAUGUCUGUUCGGACGUGCUUCAGGCACUAGGGUAUAAACGAAUGUAUAGUAGAUAACCUUUGGCUCUCGCGUCGGUUUGGGUUCACAGUUACGUGGGGUUGUAUCGUGUGAUUUUAAUUAUAGUGCUGUCGAAAUCAUAUGUUACCUAUAUACAUUGUGUACAUAAAUAAAAUUUGCGGCUGGAUCAUUACCAAGUAUAAAGUAUACACAGAAUGUAUAAC